AAAAAAAAACAAAUACAAAUAAAAAUAAAAUAAAAACAAAAAUAAACAGACACUGUGACGCGGCAUAUGAACGAUUUGUGGUUUACCUUGUGUGCAGUGGGAAGAAGCAGCAGCAGCAACAACUAAGCAAGAAGAAGAAGAAGAAGCAGCAGCAGCAGCAGCAGCAGCAGAAGUUAAAAGAAAAGAGAGAGAGCGAGACUUGGAAGAGUCCACAGCAGAGCUUUGAAUGCGUUUCAGACGCACACACUUGCAAUCGCAGUCGCGCACGCACACGCACACACAGACACAGACACAUCGCACAAUGACCUUGCCAACCAAUACAAAUGCAGCGAACGGCAGCGAUGAUGACUCGGACAUGUUUGGACCGCCGCGCUGCUCACCGCCGAUUGGCUAUCAUCAUCAUCGGUCGCGCGUGCCAAUGAUCUCGCCCAAGCUGCGUCAGCGCGAGGAGCGCAAACGCAUCCUGCAGCUGUGCGCCCACAAGCUGGAGCGCAUCAAGGACUCUGAGGCGAACUUGCGGCGCAGCGUUUGCAUCAAUAACACCUAUUGCCGACUCACCGAUGAGCUGCGACGCGAGAAGCAAAUGCGUUACCUCCAGAAUUUGCCAAAAACCGAAAACAGCAGCACGGAAUUGGCGCGUGAGAACCUCUUCCAGCCGAACAUGGACGAUGCCAAGCCGCUGAACAACAACAACAACAACAACAACAACAACAACAACAAAUCAACGUACGGCGAUGUCAACGGCGCACGCACAAUUUGCUCGAUUGAGAACCAUCAAUCGGCGCAGCUAAUGCGUCACGCUGGUGCCACGCCCAGCCCAAAUGGCAACGGUGGGUUAACCAGCUCCUCCUCCUCCUCAUCCUCCAGCUCCUCCUCCGCCUCCGCCUCGAUUGUGCCCGUUUCUGCCGCAGCCGCCGCCGCAGCCGCCGCUGUUGCGGCACGCAAACGUCAACUGUCGAACAGUAAUCUGGUUAACGAUCUGGAGAUACUCGAUCGCGAGCUGAGCGCAAUAAAUGCACCGAUGCCGCUUAUCGAUCCGGAGAUAACACAAGGUGCCGAACAGCUGGAACGUGCGGCACUCUCGGCGUCAAGGAAGCGUUUGCGCAGCAACAGCGAGGACGAGAGCGAUCGCUUGGUGCGCGAGGCGCUCUCACAGUUCUAUAUACCGCCGCAGCGUCUCAUAUCGGCCAUCGAGGAUUGUCCCUUGGAUGUUGUGGGUCUCAGCGUUGGCGAGCAGCAGAGCUGCAGCGGCAGCGGCAGCAGCAGCAGCAAACGGAUCAAGCUGAGCGGCAGCUGCAGCGCCAGCACAGGCACAGCUGAUCACUUGGAGCUGGUCAAUUUCGAUAUGAAUCAGAAUCAAAAGGACUUCGAGGUCAUCAUGGAUGCACUGCGUCUGGGCACACCGACGCCGCCCAGCAGCGGCAGCGAUUCGUGCGGCCAGGCGGCCAUGAUGAGCGAAUCGGCGAGCGUGUUUCACAAUCUGGUUGUCACCUCGCUCGAGACAUGAAAGUAUCAGUAAUGCGGGUCACAUCAGUGGGCGGGCGGUUGGUCGGUGGGGUUGGGCACAGGUGGCUCUACCCCCCUUCCCCUACCCGCCCCAUAAACCCCUUCAAAAGAAAUCGAUAUGUAUGAGAACGCAUUCACAGGAACAAACCACAAAUUGGCCUAAAAGCAACAACAACAACAACAACAACAACAACAACAAACACAAACAAAACAACAUUUACAAUUAGACAAGACAAAGAGCAAAGAGUUUUUAUAGGUUUAGUUCAGCCGUAAUUAAACUAAGACUUAAAAUUAAGCUAUAAACUAAGCUCCCAAUAACACGACGCGUGUUUGGGUCUAUAAAGC